GGUAGACAACACCAUUAUGGGAAGCAUAAGUAAAUCAUCAAAGAAUUUUGGCUUUACCAUAAUUCUUUACUUGCAUUCUAUUUUUUCCAUGUUAACAAUAACCUCCUAUGCAGUAGAAUUGAACACCAUAACUACAACUCGUUCUCUUACGGAUGGGCAAACCAUGGUCUCUUCAGACAGAACAUUCGAACUGGGAUUUUUCAACCGGUCGGGCGGUAUUUCCAGGAAUCGAUACUUGGGAAUAUGGUACAAGAAAAUAUCUGAUGGGACUGUGGUAUGGGUUGCCAACAGAGAUACUCCACUUACUGAUACCUCAGGAGGAGGUGUCUUAAAGCUCACAGACGGAGGAAUUCUCGUGCUUGUCAAUAGUACAAACACCAUCUUCUGGUCUUCUUCAAAGUCAUCCUCAUAUAACAACACACUGAAUUCAGCUCCAGUUGCACAGCUUUUGGAUUCGGGUAAUCUUGUUGUCAAAGAUGCAGCAAAUGAUGAGAAUUUCCUGUGGCAGAGUUUUGAUUAUCCUGGAGACACUUUGUUGCCGGGCAUGAAGCUUGGAAAGAACCUAGUAACUGGAAUCGAUAGGCGUCUAUGGUCAUGGAAGUCCAGUGAUGACCCUUCUAAAGGUGAGUAUUCUUAUGGAUUUGAUCUUCGUGGAUUCCCACAAAUAGUCCUCCUGAAAGGUUCGGUUGAGCAAUACCGUAAUGGACCAUGGAAUGGUAUCAGCUUUAGUGGCACGGUGGGUUUAAAACCAAACAGCAUCUACACAUACCGUUUUGUUUUUAAUCAGCAGGAGGUGUUUUAUGAUUUUGAGCUUAUUAAUAGCUCAGUUUUCUCACGGCGGGUUAUGAAUCAAAAUGGAAUUGUACAGCGCUUGACAUGGAAUUAUAAAAUACAGGAUUGGACAGUCUACCUGAAUACACCAUCAGAUAACUGUGAUUUUUAUGGACUGUGUCAUGCCUAUGGUAUCUGCAGCGUUGCUAACUCCCCCGAAUGUGGGUGUCUUGAUAAAUUUAUGCCAAGGUACCCAAAAGAUUGGGACACAGCAGACUGGUCAGGUGGGUGUGUUCGAAGAACGCCCUUGGAUUGCCACAAUGGAUCAUCAAAUGGAUUUCUCAAGUAUUCCGGUGUUAAAUUGCCUGACACACGGUAUUCUUGGUUUAAUAGGAGCAUGAACCUCAAGGAAUGCGAGACAGUAUGCUUGAAAAACUGUUCUUGUAUGGCUUAUGCAAAUAUAGACGUAACAGCAGGAGGAAGUGGCUGCUUGCUCUGGUUUCAAGACCUGAUUGAUAUUAGGGACGUCACUGAAUUUGGACAAGAUAUUUACAUAAGAAUGGCUUCCUCUGAGUUAGGACCAAUUAGACUCAAUCAUGAUAGAGAUUAUGCGAAUGAAAACGAGAGGAGAGAUAUAGAGUUGCCGUUACUUGACUUUGAGAGGAUAGCAAAUGCCACAAAUAACUUUUCAUUUUACAAUAAGCUUGGAGAGGGUGGCUUUGGACCUGUGUACAAGGGUGUGUUAGAAGAGGGACAAGAAAUAGCUGUGAAAAGGCUUUCAAAGAAUUCAAGACAAGGAAUCGAUGAGUUCAAGAAUGAAGUUCUAUGUAUUUCCAAACUUCAGCACCGAAACCUCGUGAAGAUUCUAGGUUGUUGCAUUCAAGAUGACGAAAGGAUGUUGAUCUAUGAAUACUUGCCCAACAAAAGCAUGGAUUGCUUCAUCUUCGAUAAAAAACAAAGCAUGUUACUGGACUGGCCUAAGUGCUACAACAUUAUCAACGGGAUUGCUCGGGGACUUAACUAUCUUCAUCAAGAUUCUAGACUGAGAAUCAUCCACAGAGAUCUCAAGGCCAACAAUAUUUUACUAGAUAACGAUAUGAACCCCAAAAUUUCAGACUUCGGCAUGGCUAGAUGUUUUGGCGGUGAUGAAAUGGAAGCAAAUACAAAUAGAGUGGUUGGAACACUCGGUUACAUGUCCCCCGAGUAUGUAAUGAAUGGAUUCUUCUCGGUAAAAUCUGAUGUGUAUAGCUUUGGUGUAUUGGUGCUUGAGAUUGUUAGUGGGAGCAAAAAUAGAGGGUUUUCUCAUCCAAACCACAGCCUCAACCUCCUAGGACAUGCAUGGACACUUCAUAAAGAAGGCAAACCUUUGGAACUGAUUGACGCAUCGGUAGUGCACUCGUGUAAUCUUACUGAAGCAUUUAGAUCAAUCCAUAUCGGUUUAUUGUGCGUGCAACAAUGUCCAGAGGACAGGCCAAACAUGUCAUCUGUGGUUAUGAUGUUGGGUAGUGAGAUUGCGUUGCCUCAACCGAAAGAGCCCGGGUUUUACACUGGAAGAAAGUUUGCUGAAGUAGGGUCUUCAUCAAGCCAGUCUGAAUCGUGUUCAUCCAAUCAAUUAACUGUAACGAUUUUGGCCCCUCGCUAGAAGAUGUUUCAUGUCAAUAUUUUGAUCCUCCGCACUCUGGCAAAAACUUUUGUAUAAGGCUCUUUUUCAACAGGAAAAAAUAAGACUGGCUGAGGCAUAUUUGAGGA